GGUUUUUCCCAUAAAUAACCACCUUACAACUCCAUUUUAGAAAAAUAGCAAAAUUUUUUUUUUUUAAAAAAACUAGCCACCUUGGGACAAAAAUACCCUUGAUAAAAUUGAAAAUUACACAAAAGCUUUCCUUUCUUCUACACAGCCGUUCGUUCGUGGGGGUGGAGUUUAUACAAAACUGUUCGUGGGGUUUCUCUAAACUCUUUGCAUCUCAUCGCCUCUCACUUUCAUUUUUUUGUAUUUUCUCAGAUCUCAAACUAAAAUCAGUCAAAUGGAAGAUGAUGACAUUGUAAUUGCGGUUUUAUACAAUGGAACAUUGGUACAAAAUGAUAGUGGUGAUUGGGAAUAUCGAAAUGGUAAAAAUGUAAUGGUUUCCGUCGGUAAGAGAUGCACAAAAUCAGAGUUAGAGGAUGAGAUUUUCAAUUCUAUUGAGAUAGAUCGAAAUGAAUAUUUGCUAAAGCUAAAAUGGAUAUAUGGACGAUGUGCAGAAAAGUUGGAUCCUACAGAAAUACGAUGUGAUAGGGAUGUGAAAUGCUUUCUUCAAGAAGUGAGGAAUGGAUGGAUGACAAUGAUGCGGCCUCCAUUGUAUGUUGAGGUGAUUUCAAAAGUUGAACAUGUAUGUAGAAAUGUUCAUCAAACAGCAUUUGUUUCGGAUAGUGGGAGUAAUCUUCAUUCUUUUUCUUAUCCUCCAAUUGGCGGUCGUCUACCACAAGCUUCCGGUACUGAACCAAUUCAGGCUACAUCUCAGGAAAUUAUGGUUCAAGAAACUCAGUUUAGAGAUCAAGUUGAUGUUCGUGAGGGGGCCUGGACAUCAUUUAACAUUCACGAAGGAGUUGAUGUUGGAGGUGACUAUGCUGAACGGUUUCCUAACGACGAGGAGUAUGAGCAGUUGCAUCAUAUUGAUCAUGAUGAGAAUUACAACGCAGCAGGGGAUGAUGUUGGUCAUAAUGAUGUAGAUUUUGAUCAUGAGUUGCCGGAUAAUGAUAAUGAUAUGCAUCCUGAAAUGAACAAUGAAGGAGUUGAUGAUGUUAGGGUUCAUCGUGCUACAAGUGACCACAUAUCAUCGAGCAACAGAAGUGGUUCUAUGGCCAUAUUUUCGUCAAAGUUCACUGGCUGUGAGAGCACAGUAGUUGGACAAUUAUUUCGCAACAAAUGUGACCUACAGAAUAAACUGAGUAUCUAUUGCAUGCGAGAAAAUAAGGAGUUCAAGGUGACACGAUCAACUACACAACGGUAUGAGGUUGUAUGCUUGGAAAAUACUUGUAAAUGGCGACUACGUGCAACCACAUUUAAAAAUGGAGAAAUAUUUGUUGUGAGAAUUUUUGAUAAUGUACACAGUUGCUCGUUAGAUAUCGUGCAUUGAGAACACAAGCAAGCCAGUAGCCGGGUUAUCGGGCAAUGUAUCAAAUCUAAAUAUGAAGGUAUUGCAUGUGUUUACAAACCCAAAGAAAUUCAACAUGAU